UACCCCUCUGUCACCGCACGCACAGUCGCUUCACCACGAUCUCUUUGUUAAACUGACUUUACCGAUAAAGAAUUAUAGACAAAUAUCCACAAUGAGCGUUCACGUAAGUAGGUGGCGGUUGUUGAAGCUUUUUUGCAUUUGCGCCAUUAUCGCUCAAAAUGAUGGCAUCAAAAGAACUUUCUUCAUCGGCAUAAGAGAAGAAAAGUGGGAUUAUGCGCCGGGCGGUUAUAAUCGUAUCAGUGGUAAACCUGCUGCUGAGGAUACGCAUGCAUCCAUGUUCCUGCAACAGGGUCCCCAUAGGGUUGGGCAUGUCUAUAAGAAAGCUAUAUACAAACAGUACACAGAUGGGACCUACUCCACAGAAAUCCCCAAACCAUCCUGGCUGGGCUACCUGGGACCAGUGCUUAAGGCUGAGGCUGAUGAUACCAUAGAGCUGCACUUGAAGAACUUUGGAUUCAGACACUAUUCACUGCACUCACAUGGAGUCUUCUACCUGAAAAACUCAGAGGGGGCACUAUAUCCAGAUGGAUCCUCUGGAGCAGACAAGCAUGAUGAUGGUGUUGCCCCUGGAAGAACACACAUCUAUAACUGGACAGUGAAGGAUGCGCCUACACAGGAUGAUGCCAACUGCUUGACUUGGGCUUACCAUUCACAUGUGUUGGCAAGCAAAGAUAUCUCCUCCGGACUCAUAGGAGCCCUGCUGACUUGCAAGAAAGGAACCCUGCAGACACUGGAGGGAAAUGACUCUGAAGCGAGAAGGGCGGAUGUAGAUAAGGACUUCCUUCUUAUGUUCAGUGUGGUGGAUGAAAACCUCAGCUGGUAUCUACAUGAGAACAUACAGACCUUCUGUACUGAUCCACAUGCCGUGGAUCCCAAUGAUCCCGAGUUCCAGCAAUCCAAUCAGAUGAAUGCCAUUAAUGGUUACAUGUAUGGUAACCUCCCUGAAAUUGAGUUGUGCCAGUACCAAAGAGUGGCCUGGCAUCUCCUUGGCAUGGGCAAUGAGGUGGAUGUCCACUCAGUAUAUUUCCAUGGGCACACACUACUGACACGAGGUCAUCGUGUCGACACGGUCAGUUUGUUUCCUGCCACCUUCCUCAACGUGGAAAUGGUGUCCUUCACAACAGGAAAAUGGUUGUUUGGCUGUCAGGUCAACAGUCAUUUGCAAGAUGGUAUGCAGGCACUGUUCCGUGUUACACCCUGUACUGGGCAGAAUGACUCCCUAGCUACUCAGAAUGGAACAACAAGGAAGUACUUCAUUGUUGCUGAGAUGGUUCACUGGAGCUAUGCCCCAUCAGGAGUAGAUCAACUGAACAAUGCUUUACUGAAUGAAAGCCAGAGGCCCUCCAGGUUGUAUUUCGGGAAGGGUUUUGGCCAUCUUGGUGGAGAAUAUGUGAAAGUGGUAUUCAGAGCAUACAAUGAUAGCACUUUUUUGUAUAAGAAAGAGCCAACCAGCAAGGAGACCCACCUCGGGAUUCUAGGUCCUGUGCUGCGUGCUGAAGUUGGGGAUGUUUUGGAAGUCACAUUUUUGAACAAGGCUGACAAGAAUUACAGUAUCCAGCCCCAUGGCCUCCAGUACAUUAAGCUAUAUGAGGGAGCUCUGUAUGAAGAUGGUACAGUGAAAAAUGGCUCUCACGUGCCGCCAGGUGGCUCCUUCACCUAUAGGUGGCAGGUGAGGGAGGGGCCUACAGAGAGUGACCCGCCCUGUAUCACCUACCUGUACUUUUCCUCCACUGACCCCAUCAGAGACACUAACUCUGGCCUCGUUGGUCCCCUGCUAGUGUGCAAGGAAGGUGCAUUGAGCUCCAAUGACACCCAGAGAGAUGUGGACCAUGAGUUCUUCCUGCUCUUCUCUAUAUUCGAUGAAAACCUAAGCUGGUAUCUGAAUAACAGCAUUAAGAUAUACGGGAUGAAUGAAUCCACCGCAAAUGAUGAUGCCUUUGUAGAAAGCAACAUGAUGCAUGCUGUGAAUGGCUACAUGUACGGAAACCUGCCGGGGCUGGACAUGUGCAAUGGUGCCCGGGUCAGAUGGCAUGUCUUGGGACUUGGCACAAAUGUUGACAUGCAUGGAGUUCACUUUCAGGGCAACACCUUUCUCAAAGAGGGCACUACCCGUGACACUCUCAGCGUGUUCCCACACACAUCUGUCACUGUUUUCAUGCAAGCAGUUACAGCCGGGUUGUUCGAGGUGAGCUGCCGAGUGACUGAGCAUUACAUAGGAGGGAUGAAGGUGCAGUAUAGAGUGCGUGCAUGUGGGCAGAGCUCCACAGCGUCGCCCACUGUUCCUAAUGUGAAAUACUUCAUCGCUGCUGAGGAGGUGGAGUGGGACUACUCACCUAAUCGGACCUGGGAGUUUGAGUACUUUAAUGCUACUGACAAGGACAGUCCUGGCAGCAUAUUUGUUGGGAGAGGUAAGAACAGGCUUGGCUCCAAAUAUAAGAAGGUAAUCUACAGGGAGUUCACCACUGACACAUUCAUGACCAGAAAACAGCGACUGCCUGAAGAGCAGCAUCUGGAAAUACUGGGCCCAAUUAUCAGGGCAGAGGUUGGGGACAUUCUCCAGAUAACGUUCCUGAAUAAGGCUAGCCGGCCAUACUCUAUACAGCCUCAUGGAGUGCAGGCCUUUCCCCCACAGGCUGAGCCUGUAUUGCCUGGAAAUGUCACUAAGUACUUGUGGGGAGUUCCUGAGAGGUCUGGUCCAAGUGCAUCCCAACCAAACUGCAUUACAUUCGCCUAUUACUCUAAUGUGGACUUCAUUAAGGACACAGCCAGUGGACUAAUUGGACCACUAGUAGUCUGCAGGAAAGGGACACUCAACCGGGCCAGACGGAGGCUGGACGUGGAUCGGGAGUUUGCUCUGAUCUUCCUCAUCUUUGAUGAGAACAUGUCAUGGUACCUGGAGCAAAACAUCAAGGAGUACUACAACAGCUCACUCCCUCUGAUCAAAAACUCCGAAUUUCAGGAGAGCAACAAAAUGCAUGGGAUCAAUGGCAAGGUGUACGGCAACCUUUGCGGACUGGACAUGCAGAAAGGUGAGCGGGUGGACUGGUAUCUGCUGGGGAUGGGAAGUGAAGUAGACCUGCACACCGUCCACCUGCACGGCCAUACGUUCAUCUACAAGACGGACCUAGCCCAUCGGGCCGAUGAGUUGGACCUGUUCCCAGGCACGUUUCAGACCACUGAGAUGGUGGCCGAUGCUGAGGGAAUGUGGCUACUCCACUGCCAUGUGGUUGACCACAUCUCCGCCGGCAUGGAAACCGUUUACACGGUCAACCCACGCGCAGACUCUAUGAAUGUGUACUUCAGGUGGCAGCACUGUGGUUCAAAACCUCGGUAUUGCCUUCAUCUCGGCUUUCAUCUCCUCCCUUGGACUAAUGUGAUCUCGGACCAAGACACUUUCAGUGCGUUUUCCUUAUUAUGAAUUCAUUUGUUCUGGCCAGUCUGUUUUGUUGCACAAGAAGCAUAAAUGAUUGAUUAGAAAUAAACUGUGCAUAUUCAAGAGCAGAAUGUAUGAUUCGUUAUGGGAUGUGAUGUAUGGUUCCGCUUAUUUUACUUGAAAAUUGAAUAAAAUGUUCUUUCACAUAA